AUGAGCUCGGACACCGAGGCCAAGAUUACGGACGCCGGCAGCGCAGCUGUUGACACCUCUGCAGCUUCGUCGCCCGGGACAACGGGACUUCAUGGGGCAGGAAGCGGGCGCACUUCGUUGUCGCUGCUUCGCACAGACGCCACAUCGUCGUCUGCGACACUGUCUCCCUUAGUGGAAAACCCGAGCGACACCGCUCAAACCGAUGCAGUCUCUCUUUCUGGACGUAAACAGCGUCUCAGCUUCAAGGAUAGGCAGCGCCAGCGCGCUGGUGCUAGCGGUAGCACUGAUCUUGAGCUCAGAGCUAUAGGCGGUCGCCCGGCGCACUCUCCAAUGAGCACCGCGUCUUCGUCUUCACCCCUAACGUUAGACCUUUCUCCCGGUCGGGAGCAUCCGCUCCCGCAGUCAGCCUUGAAGAGGACCACGGCAGCCGCAUCCCCGCCUCUUACAGCGUGCAUAUUUACAGAGAUGGGGCCUUCUUCCAGAGGGAGCCGCGCUGGGGCGCCCCGUGCACCGACUCAGACGCCGAUCACCCUUGCCAGCCCGGAUGCACUCACGGCGGCGGUGGCCGUGGAGGAGGUCCCUAAUGUGCCUGACUCCAUGGUGUUGCGCGCCGCCUCGUCGAACUUCUCCUUUACGAGCAAGCCGACUGGCUCACUACACGAGCACUCUGGCAGCCUUGCAUCUGCGUCGCAACUAGGGAGUCCGCUAACCCUGCACCCACAGGGCACCGCCAGCGCAGCAGCAGCAGCACCUCCGCCGCAUUUACCCUCGUCACUGUUGUGCACCUCUGUCAGCUUGGCAUACGGCAACACGGCGGCUCAGACAAUUGCCGACGACACAGAAGCGCCUCUCCCGAAACUGCGGACACCGACCACCCUGGGUAGCGCCACGACCUCUUCAACGGAGUUUGGGAGCCGAAACAUGGAGGAGAUGCCCAUACUGUUACCCGUGUCGUCCACCUCGACAAGCUCGCCCGGGAUGAGCUUCAAGGAUCGGCAGCGGGCUGCCGUCGCUGCGCGGAAGCCCUUUAUCGCUGCAGGCUCCCCUAUUCUGGCGGGAAGCCCUCCUCGAGGAGCUGUUGCAAGCUCAAGUUUUACCGCCCCGUCAGAGGGCAGCGUGGCUACCCCGUCCUCCUUGCCUGCAGCCAACACCGCGCAACUCACACCGCGAAGCCCAGCGGCUGCGUUGCCGGAGAGAGUCGCCUUCAGGGCAACGACGCCCGUGAUGCAAGUGCCGAGCUUGCCGUCUGGUUAUCCUUCUCUCAGCACCGCGUCCCCGUUACAGAGGCUCGGUCCAGCUGCGCAGGAUCCAACAGAACAGGUGUCUGCGGAUAGAGAUUGCAGUACGGGCACCGAGGGUACAAGCGAGCUGCCAGCGACCCGGCCACUUCCGCGACUGCCGGUCGCCCAGCUCACAACCAUUGAGAGCUUAAGGCCGUCCCCUCCACCACCGGCUACCGUCCCUCCUGCGUUGGCCUCUCACCUGAAGAGGUGCGGUCCGUCCGGACCCUCGGCAUCUAACUCCACGAAACCCCAGUUUCGUUUCUUUGCUCAGGGCUGGCAGGCAGAGAAAGAGGAGGACCAGGACCCAGGUGCUAUUUCUAGAAGACAUUCUGGGCAAGCGCGUUGGCUUCGGGACAGCAGCGGCAGCGCCGGCACGGCCUCCACGAACCCUGCCGACGCGGACGUGGGCGAGAGGAGUUGUGUGGACGAGGAGGAGAGCCUGCUGGCCUGCACGCAGAACGAGGCGCGCCUGCAUUUUUACGACGCUAACAUCGAGUCGACGCCGAUGGAGUUUAACAUGGCGAGCCCGUACGCGCGGUAUAACACGAACUCUAGCGCGUCUGCCUCACGAGAUAGUGGCGUCAUUGAGACAAGGAUCUCGACAGAGCACUCGGAAACCAUGCGUGAAGGUCCGGGACAGUCGCAGACGAUGCCGAGCAUGCUCACCAGCGAGUCGGGGUCGGAUGUGAUGAAGACGGCCUGUCUUUCAAAGCCUCUCCGGUGCUGCACGCGAGCACGCACAGAGAGCCUCGACGUAGCCCCUCAGUCCACUGGUAGUAGCACGGCGUCGCGACUUGUUUGUGCGGACGGGCUACAGACGUCGUUGUCGACUGACUCGCCACAGCCGAACUUCAAAUUGGAGCAGCACCACUACACUGACAACGCGUUUGGUACUACCCCCUUACCGGGUGUUUUUUGCAAGGUGCGCGCGCGGGCCUCCGGCACCAUUGUAGACCGGUGGAGGCAGUAUCAACAGGUGCGCACGUCGCAGGGAGAUGCCCAUGUGACUCGCGGACUUUCCUCAACGCAACCCACGCGAGCACCCGCUCUUUCUGAGAACUCCGUUUCUUUGAGCAGCACUCAGCUGAGCUGCACCGCACGCCCACGCAGACGUCAUCGCAGCAAGAUGCUGGCGCCGGACGGUGCCCCGAUCGCCGCCUCGAGUGCUGGUCGCCGGAGAGGCGCAGAGAACAGCUGCAUCUUCUCGUCCUCGUCUCUGAGACACCAUCGGCGCAGUCACACGCUCGAUGAUAUUGCGCUGCUGGCCCUUGCGUCUGGAAACCGUAGUGGCGCCAUGCCGGGCUCCGUUACACCGGAGCCCCUGUCGCCUUCCUCACGAUCCACGGCGGGGUUGCGGUCGAUCGUCAACGCGCGCUUCCCUCCGCUUCCGACUCACACAGCGGUGGCGUCUUCACAUGGUGUUUUCACAGGCUUAGCCAACGUACGCCGCACCCGCGAUGACCUACCGAUGCCGCUUGGCCCAAUCCCAGCUGCCGCGUUUAUGCUGACCGAGACGUCAGGCGGGUCGUCGGGGUCGGGGUCGGAGUCAGCUAACCAAAGCUUGAAUGCGGGCGUUGUUUCGAUCUUUUCCUCCGGUGUCUCUCAGUUGCCGACAGUGCCCCAGCAAGCGAACAGCCAGGCCAACUCGCUCGGCAAGGCCUCGUCGGCGUUAACCUCAGCGAUGAUCGCGCCUGCGCCGUCGGUCGAGGACCUCUCUGCGACAACGCCAACGGCCAACGCUGGCACCCCUGCUGGCUGCAGCUCCGUUGAUGAGUUGAGCACUCACACCAUGCGGCGGCGGUCGAGUGUGGUGGAGUCUGGCGCCUGCCCUUCCACAGGCGGCGGCGCUGCUGCCAACACGGCAAAUCCGGGCGAUGCAGAAGACUCUGAUGGGGACUAUCAACAGCGCACCAUCUAUAGCUACUACGGCGGCGACAGCAUCAUGAGUGCAACCACAGCCGAGCUUCGGAAGCUGCGUCGCCGCAGCACUUACUCCAGUCUCCACUACGGCACCAUGACGAGCUUCCACCACAAGUGCAACGAGCAGCAGCAAGGUGGCAGGGUAGCCUUACAGCAUGGUCGGCACCGUAGCGGCGGCGGCAGUCGGCGGCGGCGGCACCGCACCGGUCCAGGGGUCGAUAGCAAGGAGUCGACGGCUCUCUUUUCACAGUCAGGCGUCUUUGCGAAGGACAGUGCCGGCAGCAGGACGGGUAAAGUGGACACCGACGACGGCAUUGAGACAAUCUGGGAUCAGAGAGGCAGCGACGAGGCUGGCGCUUCAAACGAGGAAGAGGGUCGUUUUGGGGAGGCAGCGGGAAGGCAGUGGUGCCGCCACCGCGGAAAUCGAGCGAAGGAUGACGCCGUUGCUGCUGCGGCGUCGGCGGUGGCGGCUGACGACGACGACGGAGAUGCUGCGCAGCGCCGCACGGUGGGUAUGUGGACAUCGGUUGAGCACGUCUUCCUGCCUCGGUACGAGGUCGUGCCAGAGGCAGCGUCAAAGACGCCGCUCACCGUCCUUGCAUCGCCGAAAAGUAACCCGAACACCAGCAUCAGCGCUGUAAACAGUGACCCUGAAGCGAAGCUGCGCCACGGCUUCUCGCUUGAGAGCAUCCCUCACAGGAAGAAAAGCGCGACGCCGAACUUGACACCCGCCAGUGAUCAGCAACCGCCUCACCCACUGCCCUCUGCCGAUGCAAGCCCCGCAUCCAUACCAGCCGGCUCGCCGUCCUUGGGAGCUGCCGACAGUCACCUCAUGACGCCAGCGCCCCUGACCCCAAAAGGCAGCCCUUCCAUGUAUCCUGGCGCCAACGCUGGCGGCUCGCGCCCGAGCGGCCUUGUUGUGCUGCCGGAUGCCGACUGCAGCGCUGAUGCGCGGGCGUCUGUGUCACUUUCGUGCAGUCAGUUCCGCCGCACUCCUGCGCAGGCCUCCGGCACGAUGCGCCUGGAGCCAGAGGACUUUACGUUUGGAACGGUGGCCGCCGAGUACAACAUGGACCCGGCGGAUGAGGAGGAGCUUCCGCAGGGCUCGUGCGAUGCGAAGGUGGCGGCGCGGCUCAUCUUCGACCCCGCUGCCGGCGUUAUGCUUAUGGACCCGGAAGACGAGGUUGGCCGGUACGAGCGGCAUGGGCACAUGUCACCAGACGAUCGAGGGAGUUUCACGGCGCCGCUGGAACGCAUGGAGGAAGGAUCGGGAGCCAAGGGCGACCACGACGCAUGCGAUGAUGAGGCCAACGAUGGUGCGUGCCAUUGCGAUGCAGCUUUUAUUGCAAAGGACUUCAAGGGGCUGGACUGCAGCCGAUACGAUGCAAAUGACCUCUACGAUCACUGCAGCCGCUGCCAUCGGCGGCCAGCUGCUUUUCUGUGCUUGCACUGUCUUGAGGCGGUAUGUCCGUCGCAUGUCCGCCGCCACCACUUGCAGAACCCGAGCGCGUGCACGCUGUUUCUGAAUCUCCUAGACAUCAUGAACAGCUUCGACCGCAUCUUUUGGUGCGAAAAGUGUCAGCAAUUCACGUGGAAGCACACCGAGGUCUACGACGCGUUGGUGGACCAGAUCGCCUUCACACGCGGCACGUAUCUGAAGCAGCCCGCACGCGACAUCCACUGCGUCGGCUACGAGGUGCGACUGAAGGAUGUGACAGCAUCGGCAGCGGUACGCCACGCUCCAGAGUUAGCGGUCGGCGCCGAGGCCCCCGCUCGUGUGCACUCCAUGGACAAGGUGCCCCCUGCUGCGGUUCUCCAUAAGACACCGUCUGGGUUGUGGAUCCCUGCCUCUCUACAACACGUCACCUUCUCACCGACCACGGAGGCGUUCACGGCGUUGGAAAUGCUGCCCGCAUCUGCAACCGCACUGCAGCAGAUCUCCAACGCGUCUGCGCUGCCAAACGGAGGGGCACAGUUGCCGAUGAGGGGAGACGCCGGUGCCCUUGGUCUCUCCCCCAAAUCCCCGCCGAGCGGCUGCGCGCCGGUGCGGCAGCGCCCGACCACUGUGGCGAACAACUCCCUGUCACAACCCCCUGUGCACUCGCCGAUGCAGCAGUUCCUCAACCGUGACCUGCUCGAGUUCUCUGCCGGCAACACAGUCACCGUGGGAGAGCCGGUCACCAAGCUCUGCGCACUUGCUGCCAGCGUGCAAGGAUGGCGUACAACGCAGGAGGACGCCGAGGCGGUGUUCUUAGUUGACAUUCCGGCCCUCUCCGAGGAGGUGGUGAACCGCAAGGAGCUCCGAGAAGUGGCGGUCGCUGCAGCAGCAGCCGAGGCGGCAGCGAAAAAUCCGCUGGAGGGUCUGGACGGCGAACAGACCCACGGACCCGACUCCUCGCUCACGGUUCACGGCAGCUGCGAACGCAGCGCGUCGUCUGCCUCUGAGAGCUCACCGGAGUUCAACUCCGCGCUACGCCUUAGCGACUCCGGGACACACGAGAGGCCCAACAUGGGUGAUGAGGAGGCAGCGCCGACCGCCGCAGGCGCCGCAAGCGAAGAGGCGGAGGGGGCGCCGAAGGAGACGAUGCCGAUGGCGGUGUUCUGCAUGUUUGACGGGCACGGUGGCGAUGCUGUGGCAAAGCUGGCGGCCCGCCACUUCGAGGCGCACCUGCGGCGUGCGAUCGAGGAAACGCGCCCCGAUGACGUGCGUGCCCGCGCGCUCUUGUUCUUUCUCAAGGCAGAGACGGACUCGGCUGCUUCUACGGGGGCGGCAGCGCCGUGGCUGCCUCAAUCCGUGUCGGCGACCCCGAUGGGCGACGGCAUUUUGAACUACGUUGCCCCGCUCGCUGCCUCCAUGACCACCCCCGCAGGCCCCGCCGCGUCGAGCCCGCCACUGUCUCUCGAUGCCGCCUCCGGCCGUAUACCGGACUCCCAUCUCUCCUCCCCCUUCCACAGGCCGUCUGGCAGCGCAGCCUUAUCGGUUCCUUUCGACCGCUUCUCCGCCAAGCGAUCGGAGGCGAACGGCGACGAAACUGCUUCGCCUCCCAAGACCGCCGACGUCCCGUUCACCCUGGCCGAUGAGCUGCGCAACACGUCUUUUGCCGGGUCUCUCUCCGUUCUUGUGCCUGUGACCGCGGAGUCGCUGCGCCUCCACGCUGCCGGCGCCACCCUCGGGCUGGGAGAUGCAGGCGUGAAGGAGACGUCUUCUGCGCUCGAGGGUGGCGCCGGGGCUGUGGGAGGCAAGAACCGGCACUCCGCCAGUACACGGGCAGACACCUCCUUCACCGCCAACAAACGCUUCAGCAACUCGCAUUCCUCGAAUCGAAACCGCAAGUCCGGGGUAACACUGGAUGCAUGGGAGGCAGUGGAGGAGCCGUUGCCGGACAUGGUCUCUGUCGCGGCAGGCGUGGGAUCCCCUCGCACCGGGGUGCUCCUGCCGAGGCCGAUCGCUGCUGCAGAGGAACUGCGGCAUUGGAGCAGGUCGAGCCAAAACCCGAGCCCGUCUGCCGGAAACGUUGCUAUUUGCCCGUCCCCGGCAGCUGUGGUGUCGAUCCCGGAGAUGGAGAUGCUCCGCCAGUACUUCGCCAGUAUCAUGGAGGAUGCACUGAUGUCUCUCGACGACUACCUGCGCUCGACUCCGGAGGGGGUGCGUGGGGACUACAACUGUGUGGGUUGCACGGCAUGUGUGGUGGGCAUCACCGCCAACUUCGUUCUAUGUGCGAACGUCGGCGACAGCGGCGCCGCCUUCUACACGAAGGAUCGCAUGAAGGUGAUCAGCGUGAAGCACCGCGUGUCGGACGAGGCGGAGCAGGCCCGCAUCCACGCCGCCGGCUACAACAUUAUCAACGGUCGUAUUGAGGGCAUGUCUGCCGUGCCGCGUGCUUUGGGCGACUUCGACUUCAAGCAGUGUGGCGGUCGCGGGCCGCGCAAGCAGGCCGUCUCCGCCGUGCCGGACGUUACGAUUAUGCCGGUGCCAAACGACACGGAUCAGUGGGGGAUUGUGCUUGCCUGCGAUGGCGUAUGGGACACGGCGACGCUGCACCAGGUUCAUGUGGCGCUCACGAACACCGUCAACGACCUUGCCGUGUCUGGGUCAGCGAUGGAUGCUGUGCUGCGUGGUGCAGAACUCUAUCAGAACCGCCUAAGAGGCCCAUCCGCUGCUGUAGAGGGUUUACCGUGGAGCUCGUCCCCGGUAUCGCCGCCGCGCGCAGGAGGUCCUUCGCACAGCAGUGAGGCACUUGACAACAACCGCAAGACCCUGUUGUCCACCAAGGGCGGGAGUUUUACCUCGAGGGCUGUCACAGAGGAGUCCAUGAUCAGGUAUUACGACGACGACGACGACAGUGCUGCCCCACGACUUUCCCACGUUGAUGCGAUUCUUCUCACGGCCGCCGCCGGCGUGUUUGCGCAGUGUGUGGCGCCCGAGGACAACGACGAGGGCGUCGGCCUCGACAACUGCAGCCUCAUCAUUGUCGAGCGGCGUAACGUGCAGGAAUGA